ACGACAAUGCGUUUUAAACGGGCGACGCCGGAAGCACGUUGUUAUCCGUUCGGUUUUGGUCUGUCAAUAUUGAGUUACCUAUCGAUCUGAUUGCGUCUCAACGAAAAAUCUCGUGAUAGAAUUUACCGUCUGCCACUUGGUGCCAUCUUCACGAACGGCCACGGAAGGAUCGUGUCGCAUUAAUCGAAUUUGGCGAGGCCUUAGAAAAUUUCGAAGCGGCGCGCGGUCGACGUGUGUAGCGCGAUCAGGAACGAUCUACAUUACGGUUCGCGCGUUACUUUCGCUCGCUGGCCACCUAGAGGAACGUUUUUUUUUUUUUUUUUGGUUUCGCGAUUCUGAUAAUCUGGUGUGUAAGACGAGUGUUGAAGAAAUACACGCGCGGUCGGGUGGAAAAUACUAAUUUGUGAGAAAGAGUAAUUACCGACAAAUAAUGGACGAGGAUCGGAGGUAGUAAUCGUGAAACGCCUAGGAGAACAUCAGCUUCCGAUAUGGUGCAACAGGAGCAAGCUCACGAUGCCAAGCAACAAAUUGCGACCAGUCCUGAGGACACCGAGGAUAUACCUGCCGGACAACAGGGUCCUCAGGUUCCUAGACGCAGAGGAGGCAUAUCCGCGGAGCCGGUCUCCGAAGAGGAUGCCACGAGCUACGUUAAAAAAGUCGUACCUAAGGAUUACAAGACGAUGGCUGCCUUGAGUAAGGCCAUCGCGAAGAAUGUUCUAUUCGCUCAUCUCGAUGAGAACGAACGUUCUGACAUUUUCGACGCCAUGUUUCCUGUCACAUUCUUGCCCGGAGAGGCAAUUAUUCGGCAAGGCGACGAAGGUGAUAACUUCUACGUAAUCGAUCAAGGGGAGGUCGAGAUCUUCGUGAAUGGCGAACUAGCUACGACGAUAGGAGAAGGUGGAAGUUUCGGUGAGCUUGCGUUGAUUUACGGCACACCUCGUGCGGCAACCGUUCGAGCAAAGACCGACGUGAAAUUAUGGGGCAUCGACAGAGAUUCGUAUCGAAGAAUCUUAAUGGGCUCUACCAUAAGAAAACGAAAGAUGUACGAGGAAUUCCUUUCCAGAGUUUCAAUUUUGGAAUCUUUGGAUAAGUGGGAACGGCUUACGGUAGCCGACGCUUUAGAACCGGUUGCAUUUGAUGAUGGUGAGACGAUAGUUCGACAGGGUGAGCCAGGUGAGGACUUCUACAUAAUUGUUGAGGGCACAGCAGUUGUUCUGCAACAACGUUCGGAGGGUGAAGAACCAGCUGAAGUUGGUCGUUUAGGACCAUCUGAUUAUUUUGGUGAGAUUGCAUUAUUAUUAGACAGGCCAAGAGCGGCAACUGUCGUGGCGCGAGGUCCUCUAAAAUGCGUGAAACUCGACAGAGCAAGAUUCGAACGAGUUUUAGGUCCCUGCGCGGAUAUUCUGAAACGCAACAUCACCCAGUAUAAUAGUUUCGUGUCUCUAUCCGUAUAAAUUGCCGUGUCAGCGACAUUAUCAGCAACCCUGAUUUCUUUUUAUGAAAGUGCGUAUCACUAUUAACAUUUUUUUAUUUGAGUAAUAAUGUAAGGUAAUAACUGUAUGUCAGCUAACGAUGCGCGUGCUGAAGAAUUAUAUAUGUCAAU